CACGCGGCGACGUGAUGUCAGGCUGUGACGUCCGUGUUUUCUAAGUGUGUUCUACACAGCAGUGGAGUAAAUCACCAAACAAGGGAUGACAGCUUGUCCUGAAUCUCGCUCUGUGUUUGAUCUGAGCUCAGCCGAGGAGCUGUCUGGACUGAGAGAAGUCAACUCUGAUCUGAAGGAGCCUUUGAGCCCUGAAUCAGCCACUGAGUAUGUGGAGGAUAAAAGUCCAGAGGAUGACCGACAGCGAGACUCCAGCCUGGUUAGAGAGGUGUCAGACAAGAUGGUGUGCUCUGCCUGUAAAUGUCCUUUCAUUAACCGGGAGGAACAGAGGGAGCACUACAAGCUCGACUGGCAUCGGUUCAACUUGAGGCUGAAGAUGACGGGCCUGCCGCCGCUCACAGUAGAAGAGUUUGAGAGGAAAACCGGAGCAGGAGAUUUGUCCAGUAUCUCAGGCUCAGAGUCCGAUUCGGAGGAAGGCUCAGAUAGCGACAGUGCGGGGACGAGUGGCAAUGCCACUGGCACUGAUAAUGAGACCUCGGUGGGAAACCACAGGCUCUCCAGCAAGGUGGUUUUCCAGAAUGCAGCAGGGGAGUAUUUAUCAGUGCAUCGCUCUAUACUUCAGGGAAAGUCAGCGGAAGAGCACAAUUUUGGAAGUUCUCUGAAGGGAAUAAAUAAGAAGACAGUGUGGGUGAUUCUCAUGACAGGCGGAGGCCACUUUGCUGGCGCUGUUUUUGAAGGAAAACAAGUCCUGCAGCACAAAACGUUUCAUCGAUACACCGUGCGAGCGAAGCGAGGCACUGCUCAAGGGCUCAGAGAUUCUCAGAACCGAAGUCACGCACCGAAGUCUGCAGGAGCUGCUCUGAGGCGGUACAAUGAGGCAGCGCUAGUGAAGGACAUUCAGGACCUUCUGGUGACCUGGGCUGAACACCUGAAAGAAGCCUCUGCGAUCUUCGUUCGAGCCCCGAGCUACAACAAAACCAUCUUCUUCAGCGGCCGUGGCGCUGCGCUCGACAAAAAAGAUCCCAGGAUUCGCACGAUUCCCUUUGCCACGCGCAGGGCGACGUUUCGAGAAGUGCAGCGCGUUCAAGUGCUGCUUUCUACUGUUCACGUGUACAGGAAAGACGCAGACUUGUCUGCCAUUUUCAGUCCACCGAAGAAGGCGUGGAAAAAGUCAGUCAAACCCACAGCAGAAACAAACACAGAUAAAGAAAUCGCAGAAGAAAAAGCUGAGAGCUCAGGUGAAGAUGAGGGUGGCGAUAUUAGACUGGAGAUGGUGGAGCUGACGUUAGGAACACUGGACCUCAGAGAGUCUGAAGUUUACCCCUCCAGGCAGAAGAGGAAGAGGAGGCGAAGGAAGAAGGAGGCGAAAAUGACAACUGAAGAAUUGGACCAGGCAGAAGAAGAGCAUCAAGAAGAGCAGCUGCCAGAGGCUCCACCAGCAGAGGACUCUCCUCCAGAGAUGGACUCUAAAAACAGGAGGAAGAGAAAAGCACACAGCCAGAAAACACCGGAUGAAGCUGUGGAUGAGCCCUGUGACUACGGCCUGAGGGAUGCGCUUUUUACCGCCUGCAAGGUUGGCGACGUGGACGCUCUGACUGAGCUCCUCCGGAUACCUGAAGAGAGAACGGCGAGUCCGGAGCAGCCUGAGAAAAACCCCUUGGAGAUGUCGAGUCCCAUCAGUCUCCUUAAUAAGGCCAUCGACUCAUCAGGGUUCACUUUGCUGCAUGUUGCUACAGCGGCUGCACAAAAGGCAGCGGUCAAGCUGCUGCUGGACGCGGGAGCGGACCCAGCCUCCAGGGACAACAAAGGGCGGCCCCCGUACAUAGUAGCGCCUGACAAAGACACAAGGAAUGUGUUUCGUAAAUACAUGGGAGAACAUCCUGACAAGUAUGACUACAGUAAGGCGCAGGUCCCCGGGCCACUAACGGCAGAGAUUGAAUCCAAAAAGACUGAAAAGAAAAAGGCCCAAAAGGCUCAGAAGAAACAGCGAGACAAAGAGUUAAAGGACGAGAAGAGAAAGCAGGAGCUGGAGGCAGAGGAGAAGCAGAGGUUUGCCUCUCUGACGGAUCGUGAGAAGAGAGCUCUGGCAGCAGAAAGGAGGUUAGCAGAGCAAGUGGCUGCAACAGGAGCCAGUAUUUCUAAUGUCAAGAGGUGCUGGCUGUGUGGAGAAUCUCUGCUCGGGAAAAUCCCUUUUACCUACCUGGAGUAUUCUUUCUGUUCUCCUCGUUGCGUCCAAACACAUCGAAAAACAAAUGCCCCCCAGAGCAAGACGUGACACCCUGGAUUCAGUGCCAUUCGGAGGAAAGCUACCUCAAACACCAUCUAAUUGAAUUUCUGACUUAGACAUUAAAACUAAAAUUAUUUUCACAUUGGAAUACACAUUUUCCGAUAUUUUUCUUCAGCCAGAAGGAGACAUAUAAUGUAUCAAAAUUUAAUGAAACAAAGGUACAAUGUAUUUACAAUAUGUGCAGGUAUGGAAAUAAUGAAAUUAAAUUGAACAGAAAUCUGAAAAAAAGUUGUUUUUCUACAGGCAGAGAGAAGUUGGAAAAAGUCACGAUGAAGUCAUUUGAUCACAGCUGUUGGCAGAGUUAAAUGGGACGGCAGAUUGUAUCUGAUAAAGAAUGAUUAAAGUACAACAGUGCCGAAGUAAAAAGUGCUACAUGUACUUUGCGUGAGUGAAAUUCUUAUUG